CUGGAGAGAAAGGGAGGAGGAAGCAAGAACCUCCAAGCGCCUCGGAUUUCCAUGGGGCUGAGGCCUCUGGCAUGACCUCGCUGAAGUCACCGCCUGAUGAGCUCAGGCAGAGGCGUCUGGAAGCAGCACCUAGGGACUGGCAGGCGUGCCGGGAGACGCGCACACCCGCCAUCCAGAGCUCCUGGCCCACCCGCCGAGAUGCUUCCCUCUGGCCUGGCGACGGUGAGGGGCCAGGCCCUGCCGGCUUUCCUGCUCUGCAGCACGCUACUGGUCAUCAAGAUGUAUGUGGUGGCCGUCAUCACCGGCCAAGUGAGGCUGCGGAAGAAGGCUUUUGCCAACCCCGAGGAUGCCUUGAGACAUGGAGGCCUUCAGUACUGCCGGAGUGACCCGGACGUGGAGCGCUGCCUCAGGGCCCACCGGAACGACAUGGAGACCAUCUACCCCUUCCUGUUCCUGGGCUUUGUCUACUCCUUCCUGGGCCCGGACCCCUUUGUCGCCCAGAUGCACUUCCUCGUCAUCUUCGUGGGCCGCAUGGUGCACACCGUGGCCUACCUGGGGAAGCUGCGGGCUCCCACCCGCUCCUUGGCCUACACCCUGGCCCAGCUCCCCUGCGUCUCCAUGGCCCUGCAGAUCCUCUGGGAAGCAGCCCGCCACCUCUGACCGGCAGCUACGCCUCCUCGGCUGCAAUAGCACGGCGGCUCGGCUGGACCUGGGGCACUCAAGAUUGUGGUUUCCUGGCAACCUGCUGAGCGGGUGGAUCCCUGAGGGCCUGUGUGUGUGCACAUUUGUGUGUGCCUGUGUGUGUGUGUGUGUGUGUGUGUGUAUGAGUUUUUCAGCUCUUCGGAUUCCUGGAUGAAGUGGUGGGUUGGAGACAUAUAGAGAGGGGCUGUCAAGCUUGAUAGAGCCUUAAAAGCAUCACGCUCUCUCCCUCUCUGAGGAGUGGGAGCAUGAGGGAGACUCAAGUUCAGCAUUCCUAAACCUAAUGGUCCUCAGGAUCCGGGGUUAAAAAUGCAAACUUCUCAGACCCACAGAGACUCUGGCUCAGGCGGUCCAGGAUGGGGCCUACAGAGGCCUGGACAUCUGUAUUUUCAAAAGGCUCCUCACGUGAAUCCGAGGGAUGGCCAGCCCGGUGCCCUCCAGAUGUAGGGCCCAGGACGGGCAGACUGUCCUGUGAUUUCUCUUAUGUGGGAGUUUAGUGAGCAAUGGGUGGGGUUACCCUCCCUGCUCCCUGUCCACACUUCCCUCCACCACUGCUCCACAUUCCUUUGCUCGGUCCUUCUCAGGUGUGGGUGGGAGGCAGCUUCUUCUUCCAGAAGGUUUCGUUGCUCCAGAGGGCUGCCCAUCAAGAACAAUGGACUCAAAUGACCAACGAGCAAAAGGAACUUUCUGGCUCCAUCCAUGUCUGUGAGGUUUGGAAGCUGCAAAUGCUCACGCCUUUGGGGAAUCUGUGGGGUUGGGGCAUGUGGGGAAGUGUCUUUCCUAGACUCUUGUCUAAGGUGAGUGGUAGUUUUUAAUCAUUAAAUCAGCCAACUGCCUCGCA